UGGUAAGUGACUUAACACUUUUACACACUGAACUGGUCCUGAGAACUGAGAUGUCUUCUUUGUAAGUGAAGAAUAUACAACAUAAUCUUGAAGAACUGCACAGUGUGAUAAUGAGCCAAAGGCAUACUGUGUGUGUGUAAUGGACUGACAAGAUAAAUCUUGCUGAAGGAUUUUUCCACCUUUUGUUUCUAUUUGCUAGUUUUAGUCAAUAUUUUGCUGGCUUAGAUUGUUACCUUUUUCUAGUUUCUUCUGUUCUAAUCUAAUGGGUCCCAGAAAUCCCUCUCCUGACCCCUUAUCAGAAUCAGAAAGUGAGGGAGAAGAAAACACUAACUACCUAAAUGAGAGUUCUGGGCAAGAGUGGGAUUCCUCUGAAGAAGAAGACCCUGUGGUGCCCAACCUCACACCUCUCGAGAGUCUUGCCUGGCAGGUUAAGUGCCUUUUAAAAUACUCUAUAACUUGGAAACCUUUAAAUCCUAAUUCCUGGUUAUAUCACGCUAAACUCUUGGAUCCAAGCACACCGGUCCAUAUACUUCGAGAAAUAGGUCUAAGACUCUCCCAUUGCUCCCAUUGUGUACCCAAACUGGAACCCAUUCCUGAAUGGCCUCCUCUGGCUUCUUGUGGAGUCCCACCUUUUCAAAAGCCCCUUACAAAUGCCAGUCGGCUUUCUAGAGACCAUGCCACUCUUAAUGGAGCACUGCAGUUUGCCACCAAACAGCUAAGUCGAACAUUGAGUAGGGCCACUCCCAUACCUGAAUACCUAAAACAGAUCCCUAAUUCAUGUGUUUCUGGUUGUUGCUGUGGCUGGUUAACUAAAACAGUUAAGGAAACAACCCGCACUGAGCCCAUCAACACUACAUACUCGUACACUGACUUCCAGAAGGCAGUUAACAAACUCUUAACCACAUCACUCUAAAGACCCACCAUUUGUUCUGAUCUCUCUCGUAUUGCUGAUUGAGGAAGGAAGUACAAAGUCACACAUACCACAGUUGAGAAACAAAUGCCUUUUCAACCAAACCAUGCCCUAUCCUAACAAGCCCGUAAGUACUACCAAGUAUAAUGGUCCCAUAACUCAGCUAUAGAAAAUGCAUGGUGAGCAUGCCCUUUGACAGACCCUGUGGAUAAAAAGAGAACUUCAGUAGAAAAUUAGACCAAAGGGACCAUAUUACAAGAGUUAGGUAGACUCUUGUCCCACUCAGUUCCCCCACCAAUUUGUUCUGCCUCUCUGAAUGGACUCUUGACCUGAUGUCUCAUUGUGAACAGAAAGGAAUAAGUAGUAGCUCCCUAUCCCUUUUGUUACCUAACCUUCAGACUAGCCAGUGGGGAAAGAAGGAACUUAGCUACUCCCAAUAACACCUCUCUGAACAUACUCUUUUCUACCAUUAGUGUCUGUGAGACAGUUGUAUGAAUUUGAAUUCCCUAGACAAAAGAAAAUGGUGGGGCUAUGGAUUUAUCUCCCAGCUUUUAUACAGAUAGGCUAUAUAUGGCACCCUUUAGGGUUCCUGUUUUGGGGGGAGGGAGUGCAGUUUCAAACCUAGGCUGCAUUUCUUCAGGCCUGUUAUAUAGUACCUGCAGUUAGAGUAUAAACCUUUAUACCAUAGGUUCCCACCAUGUUGUCUCUAGCUACAUUGGCCUAAAGAUUGCAACCAGGGGUUAAACAAACACCUGUUCUGCAGGGAAUAGGUUUCCCGCAUCUUGGCAUUCAGACUUUAGUCAAUAGCACAUCACAUUUUAAAAGACCAAUGGGAAAAGGAUUAAGGGCAUUUAUGCUUUCAAUAUUAACUGCUAGUGAAUUAAAAUAUUUCAUCUGUAUAAUGUUCUCAGCAGUACUUUAUGCACUGUUUACAUCCAUAGAAAUUUCAGGAAGUCUUCUAACUUUAAAGAACUUACCACUAUAGUAUAUCUAUCAGAAGUUGGAGCUUUUAGCUUCAUUGUUUUUCUACAUAGAUCAGCUUCAGAUUUUCUUCUAGCUCAAUAAGGAAGAGAAUGUACCCUUGUUAAUGAAUCUUGAUGCAUUUAUUUAAAUGAAUCAAAACAUAGAAAUCAUACAUAAAAGAAGAUGUAUGGGACCAAUAAAUCUUUUCACACGUCUACCAUAGAAUAAAACCUGUGUGUGUAAUCCUGGUUGACUGGGCAUCUAAAAGGAAUCAGAAUAUAGAUUGUUAAAGAUCCUAUAUCCUUUCAUUUUACUUUUACUUUUUCCUGUUCUCCAUAAUUAAGUACUGUAUAUGAUGUGGCAUGAAAAAAAAUGGAAGCAUUAAUGACAUCACAAAUUCUAUACAUGUAUGGCAACUUUAGGAGAGAGGAGAAUGUUUAUAAUCCAAUGAAUAUUUCUACUGAGCCUUAGUUCUCAUGUCUUAAGGAAAAAAGAGGGACUUGUAGUAGGUAGAAAAGAUAUUUGUUAAUGGAAAGUUACUGAAAAACCAUAUCAUACUGUUAGUGUAACUGAAUGUAUCAGAAACUGUUCCUAUGUAUAGAUGUUCUGUGAAAUUGGGUUUUUAAAGUGUUAUAAGAACCUGUUCCCUUUUUUUUUUUUUAAGGGGGAGGAGGGAAGAGGUAGGGAGGUCUGAAAAUUAAAAUAUAUUGAUGUUUAUGUAACCAUAA